CCCGCUGCGAUUUCGAUGACGUAUGGACGUGUGGUCAACAAACAGUAGUUUGAGACGAGUAAGCAGGCGUAGGAGAGAAUUAUAAUAUAUGUAGCUAGUUUGUUAGAUUCGGUUUUCGCGGCGCUGUCGAUAGUCUGUAGCGAAAAGCAGUUUGGAUGUAUUCUUUUGAGGAAAGUGAAUUUUCGAGAGGAGUUAAUUGCACGUCAGCGUUGGAGCCAUUUGUGGGGAAUACUCUUCCCAGCCCGUACUGUACUAGCUAGCGCCAGUGAAACUGAUGCUCUGUGACUAGCUAGGCAGCUAGCUAUGACGCUUGUGUUUUUCUGUGCUUAGCUGUGGACUGUUGUGCGAUGUGUGUGAAUGAGAGAGGGACAGCUUUUGAACUGUUUCUAUUUCAGACAGAAAGCCUGGUUGGGAAUACAUAUAUAUAUUUAACCUGAGAGUGCAAUCGACAAAAGUGGCCUGUGUGUCACUUUUCAAGCGCAUGAGAGACUUGGAGUAACGCAAGCUAGCUAGUUGGCUAGUAGCUAUCCCGUAAUGUAAGCACCGCGAACGAGUUAUGUCAUGUCGUUUUAAACGGUAAUUGCGUGUUAACUGGUCAGCUAAAGCAGAACAUUGACAGACUCGAGAAACAACAGUAUUUAUUAACAAAAUCUGAAGCUAAGCGAAAGUGUAGUGACUUGGACUAAACAGUUAGCUUAAUAACAAACAUGUCGAGUUGGGCUUUGCUUCUGUAGAGAGACAUUUUGCUGGAAGCUAGUAUAGCCUGCUAGCUAGUUCACUGAUUAGACAAAGCGUGCAAGUUAGCUAGCUAGCUAACGUUAGCUAGCUAACAGUGCCGACAGAACAAACCAGCAAAAUGACACUCACUUGAGGUGUAAUAUCAGCCUGUUUGGCUGUGUGUCUGUGUUUCGUUAAUUCGUCCGUCUUUGUUAUUGUUUUUUCCGUGCUUAUUAAUAUUUUAGCUGGACGGCUUUCUAGCAAGGUAUUGCUUUAGCUGAAGCGUUGGCUAACUAGCUAACCAAAAUUAGCUAUCCUGCAGGCUACCUAAUAGCUACAGAUAGGUUGCUCGAAUACGUUCCCCGAUAAAGUAAUUUGUCGUUUAGCAAAAACCAACUGUCUGUUUUUGACCUGCAACGUACCCGGACUACAUUAACUAGCAAGUUGCAUUUGGGCGAAAUUCCAUACUGCGAGAAUAUCGUAGGGAAAAAAAUGUUCCUUUAACUUGUAUGCAUAUGCUAACUUGUCUGGAUGUGAAGUUAACCGGCAGGGUUGCGAAAUAGUUCAUAUUACUUCUGAUUCACUCCGAUCAUCCAAACCCCGGGAAGUAAUGUGAUGUAGAGUUUGUGUGUUGCUUAAAAUUAGCUGUCUUGUAGUAGUAAUGGAAAAGUGUCUUGAAAGACAUUCACGCUAGACGCUUAGCUAACAGAUGCAUUUCCAAAUAUAUAAGUAAUCUAAGUGUUUAAUUUCGGAGGUGAACCAACUAAAACAGACCUAAUAAUUGCAUCUUGUUUUGGGAAGAAAAAAAUAACUUUGUUCUUGUCAGAUAGAAAUGAGAAGAUGAAUAGCGAGGAGGAAAUCCUAGAUUUUUGUAAUGCCAAAACGAAGAAAACCGUCAAUGAAGAUACCACAUACAGUGCGGAAGAAAUUAUACCUCGGAAUAGUCUUCAAGUGAUGGAUGGCGACGUGGGGAAACAAGACAUUGAUACUGAGACUGUGGACACCCCUUUGCCAGCCAGGAUAAGUGACAGCCCUGGGGGCGAAGAAGGCGUUAGGGUAGCAGAUGGUUUGGAGACCGAUAAGCUAACUGGGAACAGUGGGGUGCCUUGCGCAUCCCCUAGCACAAACUCCGAUUUGGAUAGCGCUUCCAGUGACCAACACCGCCCGGGUGAGAGUGAUGCUAACUCAGGAACACCACGACCUGAGUUUCAAAUGGGGAAUAUAGGAAUUGGAGAGGCCAUGGAUGUCGGGGUGGAUUUGACUCUUGACGAAAGUGGAAUGCUGGAACCUCAGCCUCUGUGCCAGGAAGGCAACCGGAGCGGGGAUGAGAGUGCCUCAAACGUGUCUGGUCUUCCUGCUCAGGCCUUGUCCAUGGACAGUGACACACAAGGGUCUGAGAAGCCCUUAAAUACAGAGGCCAGUCUGCCCUGUGAUUCUUCUAAAGGGGAAGGCACAUCUCCUGUCUCUGUUGUUGAUGAAAAUGAAAAACACAAACAGGGGGCCAAGAGGGUUACUUUCCCCUCAGAUGAAGACAUUGUCUCUGGAGCUGUGGAGCCAAAAGACCCCUGGAGACAUGCCCAGAAUGUGACGGUGGAGGAGAUCCUCUCGGCCUACAAGCAGGCCUGUCAGAAGCUCAACUGCAAGCCCAUCGCCAGGCUGCUGACGCAGAUACAGGACCUGAAGGAGCUGAACCAGAGGAGCGAGUGUCUGGACCUGAAGGGAGAGAAGCUGGACUACAAGGCCUGCGAAGCGCUGGAGGAGAUCUUUAAGAGGGUCCAGUUUAAGGUGGUGGAUCUGGAGCAGACCAACCUGGACGAGGACGGUGCAUCGGCUCUCUUCGACAUGAUCGAGUACUACGAGUCGGCCACCCACCUCAACAUCUCCUUCAACAAGCACAUCGGCACCCGAGGAUGGCAGGCCGCCGCCCACAUGAUGAGGAAGACGAGCUCCCUGCAGUACCUGGACGCCCGGAACACUCCCCUGCUGGACCACUCCGCCCCCUUCGUGGCCCGCGCCCUGCGCAUCAGCGGCAGCCUGGCGGUGCUGCACCUGGAGAACGCUGGGCUGUCGGGACGCCCCCUCAUGCUGCUGGCCACCGCCCUGAAGAUGAACAUGAACCUGAGGGAGCUCUACCUGGCCGAUAACAAGCUCAACGGCCUGCAGGACUCCGCCCAGCUGGGGAACCUGCUCAAGUUCAACUACAACAUCCAGAUCCUGGACCUGCGCAACAACCACAUCAUGGACUCCGGGCUGGCGUAUGUGUGUGAGGGGUUGAAGGAGCAGCGGAAGGGGCUGGUCACUCUGGUUCUCUGGAACAAUCAGCUCACACACAACGGCAUGGGCUACCUGGCAGCAGCUCUGCCCUGCACUCACAGCCUGGAGACCCUCAACCUGGGCCACAACUCCGUGGGCAACGAAGGCGUUCACAAGCUGAAAGACGGGCUCAUCGGCAACCGCUCCGUACUGCGACUGGGCCUGGCCUCCACCAAGCUGUCCUGCGAGGGUGCGGUGGCGGUGGCGGAGUUCAUCGCAGAGAGCCCGCGGCUGCUGCGGCUCGAUCUGCGGGAGAACGAGAUCAAGACCGGCGGCCUGAUGGCGCUGUCCCUGGCGCUGAAGGUCAACACCUCUCUGCUGCGCCUCGACCUGGACCGCGAGCCCAAGAGGGAGACCGUGAAGAGCUUCAUUGAGACGCAGCGCGCCCUGCUGGCGGAGAUUCAGAAUGGCUGCAAGCGCAACUUCAUCCUGGCCAAAGAGAAGGAGGAGACGGAACAGAAGAUGCGCUUGUCGGCCUCCAUGCCAGAGAUCACGUCUGCCCAGGAGGAGGCGGAGCCAGAGACGGAGACGGAGGCGGAGCUGGCUGCGGCGGGCCCUGUUGAGGAGGGCACGGAGGCGGAGCCAGCAGAAGGAGAGGAGGCGGAGGAGGGAGAUGAGAGCCAGGAAGGGGAGAGCCAGGGCCAGGAGUCGCCCAGGGUCAUUAUGGAGAUAGACUCCGACACAGACGAGGAGGAGGAGGAGGAGGAGGAAGACGUGGUGGAGGGAGCCGUAACAACAGUUUCGGCGGCGCCCCCUGGCCCCCAGCCCAGCGCUGCCACACCACCCCGGACUCCGCCCCCUGCCUCCCCUGCCCCUCCGUUAGGACCAGUUGCUGCUUCGGGGAUCACCGUUUCAGAGACCGCCGUACCGCCGGGGACCCCUCCCUCUCCCGGCCGCUGCAUUUCCGUCUCCAGCCCUGGGAGGGGGCAUAAGAUCUUCAUGGUGACUCGAGUGGAAAGCCCCCCGGAGCAGAAGCUGCAGCAGAAGCUUCCGGAAAAAGGGCCGGAGAAGCAGAAUCAGCAGGUCCGGAGUGCAGAACUGUCCUCAGCCGCACUGCUGAAGGAAACUGCUCACCAACAGCAGAGAGAGCCAGCACAGUCCCCACAAACACAGGCUCUGUCCCCACAAACACAGGCUCAGUCCCCACAAACACAGGCUCAGUCCCCACAAACACAGGCUCAGUCCCCACAAACACAGGCUCAGUCCCCACAAACACAGGCUCAGUCCCCACAAACACAGGCUUUGUCCCCACAAACACAGGCUCAGUCCCCACAAACACAGCCUCCUUCCCCGCAAACACAGCCUCAGUCCCCACAAACACAGGCUCCUUCUCCACAAACACAGGCUCAUUCCCCACGAGCACAGGCUCUGUCCCCACAAAUGUCAGAGGUCCAUCAGAGUCCGACAAAGCCAGAGCAUGCCCUAUCACAGGUGGGACUCUGUGGCAAACCGCACCAGCAAGUGACUGUAGAGAAGCAGCAGUCACAUUCAGCCACAGCCCUGGAGUCACAGCAGGAGCAGACAGACCAGGAACAGGAGCUCGCCCAGAAAAUUUCAGAGCCACCUCAGGUAGAACAGGACCUGCCCCAAGCAAACAAAGAGGCACUGCAGCUGGAACAGGAUGUGAAGAAGCUACAAACAGAUAAGACACUGUCCCAAAUAAACAAAGAGGAGCUGCAUGUGGAACAGGAGGUAUCCAAGAUGAACACAGAGGACCGACAGAUGGAACAGGAACAAUCUCAAACCAAUGUAGAUCCACAUCAGAUUGAACAGGACCUUUUGCAAAUUAACACGGAUGACCUUAAAACAGACCAAACAUCAUCCCAAACAUGCAAAGAUUCCCUGCAGGUGGAACAGGAACAGUCCCAAACAAAUGCAGUAGGGCUGAAAGCUGAACAGACGCUGUCCCAAGCAAGUAAUAAGAAGAUUCAGGUGCAACAGGCGUUGACCCAGUCAAACACAGAGGGGCUCCAGGUGGAACAUGACCUGACCCAGUCAAACACAGAAGAACUGCAGGUGGAAGAGGAGCUGACCCAGUCAAACUCAGAGGAACUGCAGGUGGAACAGGAGCUGGCCCAGUCAAACUCAGAGGGGCUUCAGGUGGAACAGGAGCUGGCCCAGUCGAACUCAGAGGGGUUUCAGGUGGAACAGGAGCUGGCCCAGUCGAACUCAGAGGGGCUUCAGGUGGAACAGGAGCUGGCCCAGUCGAACAUAGAGGAACUGCUUGUGUGGGAAGACCAGCCCCAGCCACCAGAGAAGCAGUUGCCUCCGGGGCAGCAGCCAUUAGACCAGGCGGCUGGAAGAUCGCAGCACCGUGAGAAGCCAUCACCUCAGACCUCACAAUCAAAGGAGCAGCAGCAACUUGCUCCCCCAGCAGAGGAGCAGCAACUCCCGCACCCAACAUCGGAGCAGCUACUCCCUUUGGGCCUGCAACCCAGAGCUGCUCCCGCUCCACAAGAGGAGGCUGCUCAGGAGCGCCCCCCUCUGGCUGUAACCGAGCUGGAUGACACGGCAGCUGAAAGCGAGGGCGCGGCGGUGGCGUCCACCCUGCCCAACGGCCUGAAGCCUGAGUUCGCCCUGCACCUGCCCGACCCCGAGGGCCCCAAGCCUGGCCGCUGCAGCACCGAGCACGUGAGCGUGUCCGCAGAGCUCAGCUGUGGACAGGACCUUGAGGAGCUGCUGCGGGACGCCAGUCUGGAGAUGGGGAGAGAGGCACCUUGACAUCAGCGGGGUCCUUCAGGCCAGAGGAACUCUGGGUGGUCCUCACAUAUUGCCUGCUUGGCUCGUAGCUCCAACGCCACCCCAACCGCCCCUCCAACUUCUACACAUGAAAACUCAAGUGCUAUAAAUUUUUCACUUUAAAAUCACUCAUAGUAAUAAAUCAAUAAAUAAAAAUAAAAAAA